GGAGCUGGCCAAAACAUGAAGUGGAUUCUGUGGUUGAGUCUAACCCUCUUCCUGACACUGCAGGCAGCCCAAGGCACUUUGCACAUUAGGAAGCCCCUACUGGCCACAAAAUAUGGAAAGCUCCAUGGAAAGCGGAUGCAUGUAGGGAGGACACCCAUCCAUGUCUUCCUUGGAAUCCCCUUUGCCAAACCUCCCGUGGGUGCCCGCAGGUUUGCUCCUCCUGAGCCCUUGGAGCCCUGGAAAGGAAUCCGGAGAGCUACUACCUACCCUCCUGCGUGCCCGCAGGAGAUAACGGGACAGAUAGUCUCCAUGUACCUGAACUCGAGGAAACACUACCAUUGGCUGCGCUUCAGUGAGGAUUGCCUGUACCUGAAUGUGUAUGCGCCAGUGCACAAACCGGGGGACCCUCUGCUGCCUGUGAUGGUCUGGUUCCCAGGAGGCGCCUUCCUCAUGGGCGCUGCUUCCACCUACGAGGGCUCACAGCUGGCUGCCCGGGAGAAAGUGGUAGUAGUGUUUCUGCAGAACAGACUUGGUAUCCUGGGCUUCCUAAGCACCGGCGACAGCCAUGCCCGAGGGAACUGGGCAAUGCUGGACCAGAUAGCAGCAUUGCAGUGGGUACAACAGAACAUCAAGGCCUUUGGUGGAGAUCCGGACAAAGUGACUCUGUUUGGCCAGUCGGCAGGAGCCAUGUGUGUCUCAGCACUGAUGAUGUCACCUCUAGCCCAGGGUCUGUUCCACCAGGCCAUUUCCCAGAGUGGUACAGCACUAAUCAACGUCUUCAUCACUCGAGAUCCAUUGAAGGUGGCCAAGAAGGUUGCACACAUCGCUGGCUGCGACCAUAACAGCACAAGGAUCAUGGUAGAGUGUCUGAGAGCUGUACCAGAGGGCAAGAUGAGGCAUGUGUCCAGAAGAAUGAAUUUCUUUAAUGUGAACUCUCAGAAAGACCCACAAGAGAUUAUAUGGUUUCCGAGCCCAGUGGUGGAUGGUGUGGUGCUUCCAGAUGACCCUGCAGCACUCCUGGCCUUAGGGAAGAUUUCACCUAUGCCUUACCUUCUAGGUGUAAACAACCAGGAGUUUGAAUGGGUCUUGCCUUAUUUAAUCAAGUUCCCACUACAAAAGCAUAUAAUGAGAAGAGAUGCUCUCAUCAAAGUGUUGGAGAAGAGCAGCACCAUGUUGGAUAUCACUAAGGAGCAGAUUCCACUCGUGAUGGAUGAGUACCUGAGUGACAUAUCUAAAGAAGACUGGAAGAUGAUAAGAAAGCAUGUGAUAGACCUAGCUGGAGAUGCCACCUUCAUGGACUCCACAGUGAGAACUGCCCGCUACCACCGGGAUGCUGGCUUCCCUGUUUACCUGUAUGAGUUUGAGCGCAAAGCUCCCUCAAGAGUAAUUGUCAAACCUCUUCAGGAUGGAGCAGACCAUGCAGAUGAAAUCUACUUCAUCUUUGGAGGUCCCUUCUCCAAAGGAGGAGCUACAAGUGAAGAGAAGGCUUUCAGCCUCCAGGUGAUGAAAUACUGGGCCAAUUUUGCCCGCACAGGGAACCCUAAUGAUGGAAAGCUACCCUACUGGCCCCUCUUUGAUGAGGAUGAAAAGUAUCUGCAGCUGGAUUUCACUAUGAAAGUUGGUGUGAAGCUCAAAGAGAAGGAAAUUACCUUCUGGGAGAAGAUGCACCUUCAUCCUGAAAGGCACAGGAACAUUUCUGAAAGUGGCAAAGUAGGAGGAAGCUGAAAAGCUUGUCCCACCCUUCAGGCCUCAGGGAGACGGAUCAUAGACACAUCUGGAGAUAAGAGUCCUGCCUAUCCACUCAAGAACCUGCAGAACCUCUCUCUUGCCUCUAUGCCAUAGCUGGAAUCUGUUGAGACCUUGCACUAGCCUUUCAUCCUGACAUUCCAUAAUAUCCACAGAUCUCUGUCCAUAUUAGAUUAGGCUAAACCCUUCCAUUACCAUGUAGAUGAACCCUUUUCCCAGCCUCUGGACAGCUUUUAUCCUCUCCCAAGUCUUCCUACCUUUCAAGGUCUAUUUACAGCCCCCUUUUAUGGGAAGUCUACUUAGAUCCAUCCUGUUCUCUACAAUCCAUCCUGUUCAAUCUCAUGCCUGUUCUCACUG